AUGGCGCUGUUUUCCGUUGUCUUUCUGAUCCCGAUAAUGCCCGGUAUGAUAGAAGAGAGAGAUGUCUUCAAAGCAUUGGACACAGAAAUUCCGAGCCAAACCCAACCUAGGAACACGUCAGCAGGGCUCUCUACCGAAUCUUCAUACCAGGCAUAUCAAUAUGCUUGGUUGGGCGGCUCACUUCCAGCCUUUACAACUCCCGAGUAUGCAUUAAUGCCGUUCGAUGUCAGCACGAUCAAGAAUCUUAGGGAGGAUGAGACCUGGACAGGGGAAUCAACCCUUUAUGAGGCGGACCUGAAGUGCCAGAAGGCAGAUAUAACCAAGAGAGGAUGGGGAUACGUGAUUAGUAAUGGAAAUGACUGUGAAUACCACCUUGUCGACAUUUCCAAAACUUAUUACACCUCGGAACCCAUUCCAUCGGGGGAUACUGACUUGAUGGACGAACUGGAACAUCUCGUGGACUUCAGUUUCUAUGCCCCCUGGAAUAGCUUAUUUAUGGGCCACGAAUCCAUGACAGUAGGGGUGAGUAGGCGGAUCUUACAAGAUAUCUACACGCUCAACUCCCCAAUGUCAAAGUGCUCGAAAGAUCCUCGGUUCCUUGGCAUAUGGGGCAACCAAUAUAACCUGACGGCAGAGGACGGCGACAGGCUCGCAGCAAAAUGGACAGCUGUAUACUGUGAGCCAAGCUACUGGACACAGUCCGCCAUGGCUACUGUUCAGAUCAAGGGACAGGAUGGCAUUGUCCAAAAGGUUGACCGUGUGGGGGAAAGGAAACCAUUGUCCGGCUUUAACGCUCCCGCCUUUAAAAAGCUCGCAGCCACUGGUCAGAAAUCUGCAUUGCCGGAAGAUCUAGAUAGCAACGGAUAUUCUGUGAAUUUAGGCACCGCACCGCUCGAGUAUCCAAAUGCAAGGUACCAGCUUCUGCAGCGCUAUGGGGCUGCCGAUCCGGCCUUUUCUAACAGGGCUGAGAGUGUACCAACGGUUCAACUACUUAACGAAUUUGGUCUCGGUGGGUUUGCCCUCCGGAACUAUCCCAACGAUACACUCUCGAGUUUGCUAGAUCCCAUCGAACUUGCAAAAUCUUAUAGUGAUGCGUACAAGCUUCUCUUUUCGUUUUCGUUAGCCUCCGAUCUGAGAAACCUCCCGGUGUCAAAUACCUCAAUCACAAAGAUCACACGAGAAUUCGAAACAGAAAUCUAUGCUGUGAGCGUUGUGUGGUGCCGGCUUACACAAGCUGGAUUCAUCGUACUGGCCCUCCUAACGCUCUGUCUUUUGUAUGUAACGUGGGGAAGACAAACCAAUCUUGAUGGAGAACCAAACUCUUUGUUGGAAUCAAUGCUUGCAAUUCGAACGCUAUCCCAAGAUGUUACGAUGCACAAUUCCGAGUUUUGUGAUCCCCGUAUUCUAUCGGAUUCUUUGAUCCGCGCUGGCCACAAAUACCAGCUACGAUUGGUCAAGGGCGAAGGCCCUAUAAUUGAGAAGGUCACAAGCGGGGGUGCGGAUCAGAAAACAUGGUUGACUCCUGAGUAUAUCGACAACAGUGAGCUUACUCCCUUCAAGCCUAAGAUUAGCUGGGAACUCAGCAGGAUCGCGGGAGUCUUUUAUGGCAAUCUCUCAGAGUUCGAAAUUUUUGUCCUUUCUGCCCUUACAAUCGCCAUUCUUGCAGCAAACUUCCUCGCUGUUGCCCUGGGAGGACUAUUUUCCUCAUCAUCCGAACUUUUCAUGGUUACCGAUGAUUUGGAUCGCUUUAUUACUCCCAAGAUUGUACAAACGAUUUCAGACUAUACCAGCAAUUUUGAAAGUACGCCAAUGCCGGAGAUGUACUAUGUUUUGAGCGGAAAUCUCUCUUUAAACAGCACCCUUCCCCAGUGGGCCACGCCGGAAAUGUUUAUUCUACCCUUCAACAGCACAAAGCCUUCGGAACAGGUUGUGGAGCAACGCGGCACAACCUGGGGAUUCGGAGCAAACAUCUCUUGCGAGUUGAUACCCGACGAGCUUUUAAUCCGCAACACAACAAUCUAUGGGACUUCCGGUUAUACUGUGAACACCUUUAAUGUCAGCCAUAGCCGCUGGGGAGAGGAUAUAUUUCUUUUGGGCGGAGAGACACCAAUAUAUAAUACAAGUCUAUUCUACUGGAACCAAGAUGGAACGCCUGGCAGCGACUUUUUCCUCAAGUCUCCAACAUGCCCUAGGACUUUUUUUGCCAGGUAA